UCCAAGAACCGGAGCACCCUGUGUUUGUUUUGGUUCGGCUCGCGGUUCACAAAAUCUCGGCUGCAAAAUCAUCCGCAACUUGUUCCUGGAGGUACCGGCAAAACUCUCCUCUAUCCUGCGCGGUGAAACUUGCGCUUCAUGGCCACAACCGGACACAAAAUGAAGGUGCUAUCGCUUUACAAACAGCUGAUACGGGCGUCACAAAAGUUCGACUCGUACAACUACCGAUCGUACGCUGUACGCCGGAUUCGUGAUGCCUUUCGAGAAAACAAGGCUCUUACCGAUGGUGCAAGGAUCGAGAGUGAACUAGCGUACGGGCAAUCUAAUCUUGAAAUCAUCAAACGACAGACCAUAAUUGGAAAUCUGUUCCGAGCGCCCGACAAACUAGUGAUAGAGAAGUGAAUGUUGCAUUCGACGGAUGGCCAUUGGCCGCAUGGCUUUGACCUAGUGAAAGCAUGAAAUCCCCCGGACGCCGUGUCCCCAGACCCCAAAAUCCGCUAUUAAUCAUACUGCCUAGUACAACGACGUGGGCUCCCACUAGAAGCUGUUCGCGUCCGCAAUUCGGAAAACAUGUUUGCCCAGCAAACGCAGAUAAGAUCCGGAAGCUUACAGGGAUUCCCAUUGAUUGAUGCUUUGUAAAUACCGGUGCAAGCAUCCACGUUCUAUCCUCCCAACGAUGUAAUAUGCAACCUAAGCUCUAUUUCAUCAGCGCAUUUUCCGGGUUUUCUUGAUGACAUGCAAGUAAAAUACAAUAAAUAAAACAUAAAAUAAACAUCA